AAAGUAGAGCCAGUCCUACAUUAUCAGCCACGUUGGAACGUCGGACGGAUCGCAAAAGAAAACCAAUCGUCGUCAGAUCGCUACGAGUAAAGUUCUGGGUUUAAGCUACAUUAGACGAAUUUAUUAUACUUAAUUGUCGUUAUUCUGAAAGCAGUAACGAUGAAGGUGAAGGAGCUCCAGAAGACGGUGAAUGUUGCGUGGUCCCCUGUGGAGCAGAAUCCAAUCAUGCUGGCUGCUGGGACAGCUGCACAGCAAUUGGACGCUUCUUUUAGUACAUCAGCCGCGUUGGAAUUGUAUUCUAUCAAUCUAUCUGAUCCCAGCUACGAUCUGGAGCUAGUGGGAAGUCAGGCCAGUGCGCAUCGAUUCCACAAAGUACUGUGGAGUCCGUUCGAUUAUGGUGCCAAUCACCCGAACGGUCUCAUUGUGGGUGGCUGUGAAGGUGGUGUGACACAGGUGUAUAGUGUGGCGAAGUUACUGGCCGGAGAGAACGCAUUGCUUGCACAACAGGAAAAGCAUAAUGGAGCUGUUCGGAGCAUGGAUUACAAUCCUUUCCAGAACAAUUUACUCGCAUCAGGUGCAUCGGAGUCGGAAAUUAUCAUAUGGGAUCUUAAUAAAACCACAGUUCCAAUGAGUCCUGGUCAGAAGGUACAACCGUAUGAGGAUGUUCAAGGUUUGUCCUGGAACCGGCAGGUACAGCAUAUUCUAGCUUCGGUGUUCUCUUCCCGCUGCGUGAUUUGGGAUUUGAGAAAAAGUGAACCAAUUAUCAAGCUUAGUGACAGUCAAUCACGAAUUCGUUGGCGUGCAGGUCAGUGGCAUCCCGAGGUUGCCACCCAGCUAUGGUUAGCCAGCGAGGAGGAUCAAGCACCAUCGGUUCAGUUAUGGGAUCUGCGGUAUGCUACUGCUCCAGCAAAAACCUUCCACAUUCAUCAGCGUGGCGUUCUUGGCCUUACCUGGUGUCCGAAAGACUUCGAUUUGGUCGCGUCCUGUGGGAAAGACAAUAAGAUUUACUGUUGGAACCAAAACUCCGACGAUCCGAAUGGUGAAAUCUUAUCCGAGCUAGCGACCACUAAUCAGUGGAACUUCGAUGUGGCAUGGUGUCCCCGUAAUCCUGCGCUGAUAGCCGGUUCUAGUUUCGACGGGAACGUUACAAUUUACUCAAUUUUUGGGGGAGCUCGUCAGCAGGUGCAAACGGUGAACAAAAUUGCUGAUUCGUUUCCGGGAAUGGAAACUAUGGGUCACGAGCCAGUGCCUCAAGCCAAUGCUCAGUCCCAACCGACCUGCGCUGAUCUCAAGCGAGCUCCUAAAUGGUUGAAAAGACCCGCUGGGGCUUGUUUUGGGUUUGGAGGGAAACUGGUUACAUUCAACGGCAACAGUCGAUCAGUUAUUGUUAAUCAGGUUAUAACUGAUCCAGAGCUGGUCGAAAGAUCGAACCGACUGGAACAGGUGCUGGCUGAGGGAAAUUUCUCCGAGUAUUGUCGUCAGAAGGCGGAUCAAACAAACGAUCAACACUCGCGUUUUCUGUGGUAUUUUCUGAAGGCUAACUUCGAGGAGGAUCCACGCAAUGAAAUGCUGAAUUUACUUGGAUACCACAAAGAAGAUAUGAUGAACAAGUAUAAAAAAUACACCGACAGCGGUAAACAGGAAGAAACGGGACAAAAUUCUGUAGAAGAGUUGGUUGACAAAAUGAGUCGGAACAAUUCCACCGAGACGGAUCCCAGUACCGAUGAUAGCACUGAUCUCUCGACACUCGACAACAAUGCAUUGUUCGAUGCCAUCGCAGCAGGAAACAAAUUGCUUGCGGAGCAAAAACCAUCAACCGAAACGGAAGGUGAAAUCAACGAUAGUAAAAAAGUGGAGGUUCCUUACCGGAUUCGCACCGGCCAGGAUAAUGAAGGUCUAAUUUGCGAAGCUCUGCUUACUGGUAAUUUGGAAGCUGCAGUAGAAUUGUGUAUGGACGCUGGCAAGACGACUGAAGCGUUGAUUUUGGCUAUGAAUGGUGGUUCCGAGUUGUUGGCUCGGGUUCAAUAUCGUUAUUUGAAGAACAGCGAAAGCUACUUGUCGAAUAUAAUCUCCGCGUUAGUGACGGAGGAUUGGAGCGGCGUCGUUUCUCAGUGUACAAUCGACUCGUGGAAGGAAGCUCUGGUGGCAGCACUGACACAUUGUAACAAUCAGUUGCCACUAUUGUGCGAAAGGCUUGGGGAGCGUCUGCAAAUGGAAGCUAGUGGUGAUGCGGAAUUAGCCAGAAACGCUAUUCUUUGCUACAUAUGUGCAGGUAAUACAGAGAGACUGGUAGAAGCUUGGAAUCUGCAAAAGUCCGACAGCACUUCGUAUGAUUUUGUUAACGGAGAACCGGAUAAAAACAAUAAUAGCAACCGAGAUUUGCAAGAACUGGUUGAGGUAGCAAUGCUGUUGCAAAAAGCGCUUGAAAAACAGGGCAAAGCUACAAAUGUUACCGGAAAAUUGGCCGAGUUAUUGUCACAGUAUGCUAGUUUACUUGCGGCUCAAGGUUCUUUAAAUUCGGCGUUGUCUUAUGUAGGGAACUCGACCGAUACCGAAAUGGAAGAGCUGAGGGAGCGCCUGUAUUACGCUCUCGGACAUAAAAGUAUUACACCUGUGCAACAAAGUGGUUAUACGAUAGGUCAUCGUGGUUCUGUGAGUAAUCAACCGGCACCACCAUUUAAUCCUAUGUUUCCAACUAUCGGUCAAGCCGCGAAAAUAAAAAAUUGGCAAGCAGCAAAUAAUUCACCUAUUCCUGCUCCUGCGCCAGUCCCAACAAUUCCACAACCGAUCAAUCAACCUUCGUGGAAUACAACACCGUUCCAAGGAAGUCUUGCUCCACAGCAACCAUCGACACUAACUCCAUUUAAUCAGAUGGCGCCACCCAUCACAACGGCUCCAUUAACAUCCAAACCUCCGAUGGGACCUCCACCAUCUGCUGAUAUCGCUCAGCCGCCUCGUCCAGCCUCUGUUAGCUCUCAGACUGGUUCCACAACAUUGGGUCGUGCCAAAUAUUUGCUGGAUCCUUCAGUAACUUCUGGACCAAGCUAUGGUCAAACUCCGGCUAACUUAUACAACCAGAACAACAUUCAGUCCGCUACGAAUUACCAAUUCAAUCAAUUUCCCAACCAACCGAUCAAUCAACAACCGCAGCCAUCGCUUCUUAAUCCAGCCCAGCCUCCACAGCAAAUGGGUAACUUUAAACCAUUCACUCCUGCACCACUGGUACAACCGGGGGUACCUUCGUAUCUUCCCGGUGUUCCUCCAUUAGAUGUAUCGCAACCGCCCAUGAUGAACGCUGGCUAUCCCGGAGCACAACAGACGGCAGCGACAGCGCCUCCACCUCCCCUUAGUAACAUUCAGAAGAAUCCCACGCCUCCACCAGGUUGGAAUGAUCCACCCGCAUUGAAAGGUGCCCCACGUGCUCAGUUUAAUGAGCAAUGUGAAAUGUCAGCGGUUCACGCCGGCACUCGUAGGUGGCGUAAAAUAAUUGAUUCACAUGAAAAACAACCAGACCGGUCUUCUCCGCAGCCAAAAGCGGAUAUGUCCUCGGUAGCCCCAAUUAUGUCACCCUUGCCCGGCACUUUCCCCAUUCAAACUCAGAACGGAUACCCCGAUACGAACAGUAACUACAUAGGUGGUCAGUACCCCCCAACAGGUGCACCAGGAGGGAUGCCACCGACAAUUUUCAACCCUGCUAGUGUCCCAACUGCUGGACAGCCACAACAGCAAACUCCUGGUGCUAUCAACUAUCAGAACUUCCAGCAAAAUCUUCAAUACCAGCAGCAGCAGCCACAAUCCGCGCAAUCCCCGGCCAACAGUUACAAUAAUAAUUUCAGGCAACAACCCCCUUCUCAACCAGCACAACAGAUUCCCUUCGUGUCAGAACCGCCGAAACAGAAACUUCCAAUACCGGAGGAGUAUAUUUAUUUACAGACAGUAUUCGAGGAGUUGAAAAAACAGUGUAUCAAUGCGGCUGGAAAUCCGCAAACAAAAAGGAAACUGGAGGAUGUCUCGAAAAGAUUAGAGGUUCUGUACGAUUUGCUGCGUGAGCAUAAGCUUUCCCAAAACACCCUUGCCGCGCUGAGUCAACUGGUCCAGCUCAUACAGGCCGGCGAUUAUGCCAACGGAAUUGGGCUUCACACGCAGAUGGUAUCAGGUCACGAUUUCGCCCAAAUUGCAGCCUUCAUGCCAGGCAUCAAAGUUUUGCUCCAGUCGGCAAUGCAGUUACAGGUUUAUCUUCGAUAAUCACCGAAUGUGUGAACGGUUCGAACGCGUAUUGUACUAAUUGUAUGAAUAAUACGAUAAUAUAUGACUUUAUAUGUGUACUGUUAGUGAUGGGAACGAAUAGUUGCGAAUUGGGGCAAGUUGAAGAAAGAGCCACAUUUAAUAUCUGUUGUCAUAUUUUUCUGUUAUCGUUUAACAUAGUGUCUUCGUAAAUGAUUGAGAACGUUUUUUUUGUUCGUACUAUGUAUGAUCGUGCGCCCGUAUGUGAACCAUAUUUAUCAACUAUGUUAACGAUCGAUUAGAUUCAUCGAAGUAUUCAGCUUCUGUUCUAUAGUAAAACUUUAUUUACGGUAUAUUAUUUUAACGCAAAUCGUAUCGAAAAAUAAAUGUAACAAUUUUUUUUUUGCAUUUUUA